CAUAAUACACGCGACUGUCACGCGGUCGACGACUGACGAUAAACAUACAUAUACGCAAACAUGAAGAAGCCACUGUCUGUCACUGUGGAUCGACAUUUCAGUCGUUGCAAUUGAUUCGAAAGGUGUCUUUUUGCAGAGCUUCUCGGCGCGUUCUUUUCUUCACGUCCCUUCACGAUUCAGUAACGUGAAAAUGAGCGAAAAGGCGGUUUCAACGAAGGCCACUGUCACCGAAAAACUCGAGAAAUCGAAGAACGUAGCGUGCGAAAUAAAAGGUGAGUAUUGUUCGAAGAGAGCAUUAAGCGACACAUCGAUGGAGAAAAGUAAGGAGAUCACAAAGGAAGUAAUGAAGAAGGAAGUGCAGGAGGCGAAAUCUACGAAAGAUGAUCAAAAUGAUAAAGAGAAGGAUAUAAAAUUAGUUGAGGGUCCUGGAGUGCGCAUAACGCUGAAGGAAGAAGAUCCGAAAGAUAUCCAAGAGGUGAAGUUAGAAAAAUGUGAGAUUCCUAAGGUGGACUCAAAAAUACACGAAACUCUGAAGACAGAGUCUGCGAAGAGUGUUAAAGAUGAAAAAUCGGCAAAUCCUACGAAGGAAAAAAUUCAUGAUAAAGCGGAAGAGAAAUCUACGAAAAAUGAUAAAAAUGACAAAGAGAUUCCUAGAAACACUCUUGAAGACCAAGUUAAGGGUAUAAAAUUAGUUGAGGCUCCUGAAGUGCACGUAACAUUGAAAGAAGAAGAUCCGGAAGAUAUCCAAGAGAUGAAGUUAGAAAAAUGUAGGCUUCCUAAGGUGAAGUCAACAAUACACGAAGCUUUGAAGAUAGAAUCUGCGAAGAAUGUUGAAGACGAUAAAUCGGCAAUCUCUACGAAGAAAGACCCUGAAGAAAGUUAUGAACCCGAGACAUCGGGUCAUCGGGAUAUCAAAGUAUAUCCAGUAAACCUCAAAGAUUUAGGACUGAAAAUCUUUGCUGAAGAUUCUGAACUUAUGGAAUUGGUAAAAGGCUCGAUGACGACACAUUCUAUAGAGGAGAUUAAGAAAGAGUGUUCAAGAAUUUAUAUGCCAAAAUUUGAAGGACUAUAUGAUUUCGAGGAAAAAAAAUCAACUGAAGACGCGAACAAAACAAAGAAGAUUCCCGUCCUUACAAAGGACUCGCUCGAUUCUUUGAACCUUGGCGUACGUAUUUGGCGACCCUUGUCAAACCCGAAUUUGGACGAGCGUCCUUUAAUCAUGACGACACAUCUUGUGCCUUCACUGCCAAUCGAACUCUUUGAGGUAUUUGCGGAAAUUAUCGAAGUCGUUACGAAGAAACCGGUCGUUUUGUUGUAUGAGUCCAGAUCUGGACGACCAGUCGCCAAGGAUGUCACCGAUAUAGCUAUCCUGCCAGCGGCUCUUGAUUGGGACGACGGUGUGCUUCUACCUGCCAGCUUUGUUUUCGAACAUCAUUUAAAUAAGAACGAAUCACCCCGUGUUUACGUUGAUGUAAUCGUAGGGAAUGAUCGCGCUUCGCACGUCGAAAAUAUCCGAGACCUACGAGGAUACAAAUGCGCCAUCCUAAGUAGAAGCAAUAAAAAUUGCGCCACUUCAUUGUUCUUCAACCAUCUGUACACGAAAGGCGAAAACCCAACGUUUUUCGGAAGUAUACUUGAUGGUAAUUCGCAACUUGAGGUACUGCAAAUGGUCGCCAACAAACAAGCGGAUGUAGGUGUCUUGGAAGCACCAGUAAUCAGAUGUCAUAAAAUGAAUGUGAAUGGCGCAGAGUUUCUUCAAAUUCUCGCCAGUUUGGGACCUUUGCCGCCUUAUCGUAUCAUGAUUAAUAAAGCGCAAGAGCAUACCCUCGCCAAAGAGCUCACAACUUAUUUAUUGAAUAUCAAGCAACACAAGGAAUGGAUGGACCGGCUGUCGACCUUCGGUAUCGUUGGUUUUGCCGAAAAUUCAAUAGACUUUUACAAUCUGGAUGAUAGAAAAGAAGUUCCCAGUAGUGUACCUUACUACUAAGACUGUUUUAUAAGAUUUAUUUUUUAUCUCUCUUUUUCAUAAUUUAUAU